UGGCUGCGUCUAGUAUCCGGAAACAUAAAGGAGGAGGAAGAAGAAGCGGUCCUCAGGAUGCCGGUGUGUCUUCGUACCUCAGCAGCAGUUCUCGUCAACGGUCCCUUGAAGUUUCUGUGUAGGAGCCGGCGGCCCGUCCAGCGGUCCAGCCAGGCAGCCUAUCAUUCUCACCACAUUAGAGUGCUGCCGAAACCCGCACAAUUCAGCCGUGAAAUAAUCCCGUUGACCGCAGCAGGAACGUGUCCUGACAUUUCUUUCAGAUUUGGUUCCAUUUUUAACGGUCAGGUUUCCAGAAAAGUCUGCAUGUCGUCCCCCGCGAUGUCCCAGAGAAUGGUUUGGGUCGACCUGGAGAUGACAGGUCUGGACAUUGAGAAGGAUCAAAUCAUCGAAAUGGCGUGCAUUAUCACAGACUCUGACCUGAACAUUUUGGCUGAGGGACCCAACUUGAUAAUUAAUCAGCCAGAUGAGCUGCUGGAAGGGAUGUCAGAGUGGUGUAAAGAACAUCAUGGAAAGUCAGGACUGACCCAGGCUGUACGGGAUAGUAAAAUAACCCUGGAACAAGCAGAAUAUGAGUUCCUGUCCUUCAUCAGACAGCACACCCCACCUGGACAGUGUCCCCUCGCUGGUAACUCCGUGCAUGCAGACAAGAGGUUUCUGGACAAGUUCAUGCCACAGUUUAUGUAUCACCUUCACUACAGAAUCAUUGAUGUCAGCACCAUCAAGGAGCUUUGCAGGCGGUGGUUUCCAGAUGAAUACAAUAUGGCGCCUCACAAGAAAGCAACCCACAGAGCCUUGGACGACAUCUGUGAGAGUAUUAAAGAGCUGCAGUACUACAGAGCCACUGUCUUCAAAUCCUCAACAGACAACAAGAAGAGCACGAUUGUAGAGAAUGGAGGCAGCAGCAAUAGUUAGCACACCAGUGACUCUUUCGAGCCGUCAGAGUUUUGGUGCCACAUUUCCUGAAGAAAGCCGUUUCAGCAUUCAAUGUGAUUAUCAUUUUCACUGCUUUUAGUUUCUGUUCCUAUUUAGCUGGCCAGUGAUCCUUUAUUUUAGUGUUUUUCAAAAGUUAAAAGUAGAGGUUUCAUCAAAGGGAGCAAGACCGGUGUAACAAUUUAUUCAAGUGUAAAACAGGAACAUUUGAAAAUGAUCUUUGGUCCUUUGCAGUUUUGUAUUUAUUUAGACAUCUUGGUCUAGGAUUGACUGUCAUUUUCCUGUUUUUAGAAUAAAACCAAAUAAACUAUUGUGCCUGAGGAAAUGA